GAGCAGUGACAUGGCUGCUGACGACAAAUCCUCCUCCUCGUCCUCUACACUGGAUUGGAGUGUGGAGCCUCCUAUUUCCCCUGGCAGCCCAUCCCACCUGACACACUUCAAACCCCUGACUCCAGAGCAGGACGAGCCCCCGCUCCGAUCAGCCUACAGCUCCUUCGUCAACCUGUUCCGCUUUAAUAAAGGUAAUUACCAAGAUAACACACGUGAUGCGCAUGGUAAAAGCAGACAAGAUUUAAGCGAUUGCAGACAGUCACUCAAACUUAAAUUACACUCUUUGUAAUUGUUUUGAGAUGGUUGACAGUCAUUAGAAAUGUUUGUCAUCUAGUAAGCCUAUACAUUAAGAUAACGAGACAAGUCAAAAAAGCUGAAUAAUUGAGUCCGAGGGCAGCACAUUCUCUAUUAAUGUUGUUUUGUCACACUGUUAUUCCUUAUUCUGUGGAGUGCCCUAUAGCAGCCUAUACUAUGCAGUACUGUACAGUCUAGACUACUGUACUGUACCCUAGGAUGCAGGGAAAGGUACUGUAGCCUUGACCACCAGCCGGGGUUACAGUCAGAAUUAGUUUAAGAUUAACAGGAAGCGGAAUGGAACGGAAUGCAACUUGGAGCAGAUCCCAUGUCCCAUGAGGUCAUGUGAAGUGAAGCUGCCUGUUGGCUAGGUGCAAGGUUGGGGGCCGGCCAACCACAUGGUCUGUCAUGUGUCUCCCUCUCUCCAGGCCCCGCCCUUACUGGCAGGCCCCUCACCAAGGCAACAGGGCUCUGCUCAUAUACAGUGGGGAGAAUAAGUAUUUGAUACACUGCCGAUUUUGCAGGUUUUCCUACUUACAAAGCAUGUAGAGGUCUGUAAUUUUUAUCAUAGGUACACUUCAACUGUGAGAGACGGAAUCUAAAACAAAAAUCCAGAAAAUCACAUUGUAUGAUUUUUAAGUAAUUAAUUUGCAUUUUAUUGCAUGACAUAAGUAUUUGAUACAUCAGAACAACAUAACUUAAUAUUUGGUACAGAAACCUUUGUUUGCAAUUACAGAGAUCAUACGUUUCCUGUAGGUCUUGACCAGGUUUGCACACACUGCAGCAGGGAUUUUGACCCACUCCUCCAUACAGACCUUCUCCAGAUCCUUCAGGUUUCGGGGCUGUCGCUUGGCAAUACGGACUUUCAGCUCCCUCCAAAGAUUUUCUAUUGGGUUCAGGUCUGGAGACUGGCUAGGCCACUCCAGGACCUUGAGAUGCUUCUUACGGAGCCACUCCUUAGUUGCCCUGGCUGUGUGUUUCGGGUCGUUGUCAUGCUGGAAGACCCAGCAACGACCCAUCUUCAAUGCUCUUACUGAGGGAAGGAGGUUGUUGGCCAAGAUCUCGCGAUACAUGGCCCCAUCCAUCCUCCCCUCAAUACGGUGCAGUCGUCCUGUCCCCUUUGCAGAAAAGCAUCCCCAAAGAAUGAUGUUUCCACCUCCAUGCUUCACGGUUGGGAUGGUGUUCUUGGGGUUGUACUCAUCCUUCUUCUUCCUCCAAACACGGCGAGUGGAGUUUAGACCAAAAAGCUCUAUUUUUGUCUCAUCAGACCACAUGACCUUCUCCCAUUCCUCCUCUGGAUCAUCCAGAUGGUCAUUGGCAAACUUCAGACGGGCCUGAACAUGCGCUGGCUUGAGCAGGGGGACCUUGCGUGUGCUGCAGGAUUUUAAUCCACGACGGCGUAGUGUGUUACUAAUGGUUUUCUUUGAGACUGUGGUCCCAGCUCUCUUCAGGUCAUUGACCAGGUCCUGCCGUGUAGUUCUGGGCUGAUCCCUCACCUUCCUCAUGAUCGUUGAUGCCCCACGAGGUGAGAUCUUGCAUGGAGCCCCAGACCGAGGGUGAUUGACCGUCAUCUUGAACUUCUUCCAUUUUCAAAUAAUUGCGCCAACAGUUGUUGCCUUCUCACCAAGCUGCUUGCCUAUUGUCCUGUAGCCCAUCCCAGCCUUGUGCAGGUCUACAAUUUUAUCCCUGAUGUCCUUACACAGCUCUCUGGUCUUGGCCAUUGUGGAGAGGUUGGAGUCUGUUUGAUUGAGUGUGUGGACAGGUGUCUUUUAUACAGGUAACGAGUUCAAACAGGUGCAGUUAAUACAGGUAAUGAGUGGAGAACAGGAGGGCUUCAUAAAGAAAAACUAACAGGUCUGUGAGAGCCGGAAUUCUUACUGGUUGGUAGGUGAUCAAAUACUUAUGUCAUGCAAUAAAAUGCAAAUUAAUUACUUAAAAAUCAUACAAUGUGAUUUUCUGGAUUUUUGUUUUAGAUUCCGUCUCACAGUUGAAGUGUACCUAUGAUAAAAAUUACAGACCUCUACAUGCUUUGUAAGUAGGAAAACCUGCAAAAUCGGCAGUGUAUCAAAUACUUGUUCUCCCCACUGUACUGUAGCAUGGAGCAUUAACAUUCCAUUUCACAUUUUUUAAAUAACUUUUUGAUGGAAUUAUUAGAGGGAUGGUGAAUCACUUUACGCUGAUAAGAUUAGAUCUAGAGAGAGCAAGGGAAUAUUUAUGGACAACAACAAUUCAUACAGUACACAUUUAGACACAAUACAUUGUGUAUUGCAUAAAAAGCACAGACCCUCACCCGACACACCAGAGGCAUGCAAUAACGUCCUUCUGUUUUUGGUAUGGCAUUUAUAAAGGCUGUAGGAUAAACUGAGUCAACAAUUACCUUUUUUUACGUUAAAGAUGCAUUCCAGGUAUUUUUGAACUUUUCCUGUUGAAAAACUAUGUCCCACAUAUAAAUACAAUAAUGUACACACACUUAAAGCUGCAAUAUAUAACUUUUUGGGCGACCCAACCAAAUUCACAUAGAAAUCUGAGUUGUAGAUCUGUCAUUCUCAUUGAAAACAAGUCUAAUAAGCGGUAGAGCUCUUCUAUGUGCACUAUUUCUAUGCCUUCCGUUCUUACGUUUCAUUUUUGCGUCUUUUACUUUCGGUUUUGUACACCAGCUGAAAAUACAAUAUUUUUGGUUAUGGAAAAUAUAUUUCACAGCGGUUUAGAUGGUACAAUGGUUCUCUACAUUAUACUUGCUUGAAAUUAGGUGAAGUAUUAGAAUUUUAGCUACCAGGAAAUGGCGGCGCGAUUUCUGCAUAGUGCACCUUUACGGGCAAAAUAGUGUUUUGUUUUAGACACAAAUGCAAACUUCAAGGAGUAGGCCAUUUAAGGAGUUGGUCUGAUGGUGCCCUCUGAUGUUAUCAACCUCCCCCCUUGCUUGUUGGAACAAUAGAGCUUGUAGUCCUAAAAAACAGAAAUGAGUUGCCUCUGAUUCGUUCAGCCAUUCCUAUGGGGAAAAUGAAUGGGGAAAGAAUAGGGUUUUGGGAUAAACCCCGAAAAUAAGGUCUGAGGUUAACACAGGCUUAGGAGAUCUUAUAAAAAAUGUUCUAUUAGAUAAACCUUUCUGAAUUAUGAAGCCUUUAUCUGCUUAUUUUAAAAUUACAUAAACCCCCCCCAGUUGUGCCAUGUCAUGAGGAUACCUGGGCCAUCUAUUGAGAUGUGCCUUUUGUUAAGUAAAUCAGGUGUUAAAUGAGGUAAAAAGGAGGGUGGAGUGCCACUUUAAAUGACCUGUUCUAAUUGGUCUGCGUGUACAGAGGAGGGGCGGCCACCCUCAGUGACAGAGAAACCGGAUGUGGCUGUGGCGUCACCCACUGGGGAGCGUAGGAACUGGACCAGCCCAGCACACUCCAUCCACGGCUCUGGGGCCCAUAGCAAACAACACCACGAUCUGCUACGCAGGACUUCUACUGCCUCAGGUACCACACACACACACACAAAAAACACAUUCUCACUCACACACAUUUCUUCUAAUACAUCAGAUGUACAGUACCAGUCAAAAGUUUGGACAAACCUACUCAUUCAAGGGUUUUUCUUUAUUUUUACUAUUUUCUACUUUGUAGAAUAAUAGUGAAGACAUCAAAACUAUGAAAUAACACAUAUGGAAUCAUGUAGUAACCAAAAAAGUGUUAAACAAAUCAAAAUAUAUUUUAUACUUGAGAUUCUUCAAAGUAGACACCCUUUGCCUUGAUAACAGCUUUGCACACUCUUGGCAUUCUCUCAACCAGCUUCAUGAGGAAUGCUUUUCCAACAGUCUUGAAGGAGUACCCACAUAUGCUGAGCACUUGUUGACUGCUUUUCCUUCACUCUGCGGUCCAACUCAUCCCAAACCAUCUCAAUUGGGUUGAGGUCGGGUGAUUGUGGAGGCCAGGUCAUCUGAUGCAGCACUCCAUCACUCUCCUUGGUCAAAUAGCCCUUACACAGCCUGGAGGUGUGUUUUGGGUCAUUGUCCUGUUGAAAAACAAAUUAUAGUCCCACUAAGCGCAAACUAGAUGGGAUGGCGUAUCGCUGCAGAAUGCUGUGGUAGCCAUGCUGGUUAAGUGUGCCUUGAAUUCUAAAUAAAUCACUGACAGUGUCACCAGCAAAGCACCAUCACACCUUCUCCUCCAUGCUUCACAGUAGGAACCCUACAUGCGGAGAUCAUCUAUUUACCUACUCUGCGUCUCAGAAAGACACAGCGGUUGGAACCAAAAAUCUCAAAUCUGGACUCAUCAGAACAAAGGACAGAUUUCCACUGGUCUAAUGUCCAUUGCUUGUGUUUCUUGGCUCAAGCAAGUCUCUUCUUCUUAUUGGUGUCCUUUAGUAGUGGUUUCUUUGCAGCAAUUUGACCAUGAAGGCCUGAUUCAGUCUCCUCUGAACAGUUGAGGUUGAGAUGUGUCUGUAACUUGAACUCUGAAGCAUUUAUUUGGGCUGCAAUCUGAGGUGCAGUUAACUCUAAUUAACUUAUCCUCUGCAGCAGAGGUAACUCUGGGUCUUCCUUUCCUGUGGCGGUCCUCAUGAGAGACAGUUUCAUCAUAGCGUUUCAUGGUUUUCGCGACUGCACUUUGCGGAUUGACUGACCUUCAUGUCUUAAAGUAAUGAUGGACUGUUGUUUCUCUUUGCUUAUUUGAGCUGUUCUUGCCAUAAUAUGGACUUUGUCUUUUACCAAAUAGGGUUAUCUUCUGUAUACCACCCUUACCUUGUCACAACACAACUGAUUGGCUCAUACGCAUUAAGAAGGAAAGAAAUUCCACAAAUUAACUUUUAACAAGGCACACCUGUUAAUUUAAAUGCAUUCUAGGUGAGUACCUCAUGAAGCUGGUUGAGAGAAUGCCAAGAGUGUGCAAAGCUGUCAUCAAGGCAAAGGGUGGCAACUUUGAGGAAUCUCAAAUAUAAAAUAUAUUUUGAUUUGUUUAACACUUUUUUGGUUACUACAUGAUUCCAUAUGUGUUAUUUCAUAGUUUUGACGUCUUCACUAUUAUUCUACAAUGUAGAAAAUAGUAAAAAUAAAGAAAAACCCUUGAAUGAGUAGGUGUGUCCAAACUAUUGACUGGUACUGUAUACUUAUACAGUGGGGGGUUGAAUACUGCACUGUUGGGUAGAGCUUGCAAGUUAAGCGUUUCACUGUACUCAUGCAUGUAACAAAUAAAACUUGAGUGAUUCUUUGUGCUUUCAUUUACAUUUGGAGUGAUUACAUGAACUGUCUCUCUGGCUUGACCUGAUAAUGAUGAUGAAAGUUUCAUUAUGAUGGGAUUAGACAUCAGUCAGAGAUCAGAGACACUGGAGGCAUUAUAACCCCUAAGCAAGCUUAAGGGAGAGGUGCUGUCUUUCUAUCAUGGGCUAGACUGCGUAUUGGACUACUGCUCAUUUUGUGAGGGCUAUACAUUUUAUAGUUUUAAGAUAGCGACGUGCAGAGAAGAAUGGAUGCACAGUGUGAGUAACAUGACAUCCAUUCAAAAAGCUGAUGUAUGUCUUUUCUUUUUGCAGUGGACUGGCCAUUAUGGCCUGGUGAGGGUGAGGGCCUUCUAUACUGUGUGUGUGCUAAGAAUUCUAAAAUGUUUUUGUGCUUGAUUUUUAACAACCUGGUUUCAUAGAGUGGGCGGCUAACCCAAGCACAUGAGUGGUUUUGGUGUGAGUGUUGAGCUAGCUACCUUUUGGCAUGUAUCGAUUAAGUGCCUUCUGAUGUUAUUUUGUUGCCAACACUGAUAUUUGAUAAGUUGUAUGUGUUUGCAUAAUGAUAUAAGAACUAACAUCAUACUACCUUUUUGGUUUCUUACUCAAUGGCAUUUGUCUUGAAGUACCAAUUGCGUUAUCUGUAUAAUUUUAUUCAUAACCAUAAUUGUUCACUAGAGCCUAGUUUAUGGCAACUGAUAUACUGGUAAGCUUCUGUUGUGUUAUUGCGCAAUCCUUUUUUAACUUAACCUGCCAUUAUCAAAAGCAAAUCCUUGUAGACAUAUUCAAUUUCCAUGCCCGUAUUGGGCUACAACCUACAGUCACCUAAGAGAGGUAUAAAAAAUGUGCUCUCCCAGUCUCCCUCCUUUACCUUUCUGCAUUUUAUUUGCAUGAAAAGGGAGCAUUUGCAUGACAUGAAUGGUUAGAUGAAAUCUGCUAUGAAGUGUAUGCUAAAUGUUUGCACCGUGUGUGUGUGUGCUCCUAGAGGGCCGUAGGAAAUCGGAAACCCCCCUGGGCACUCACGAUCCCCGUACGGCUGUUCAGCUCCGCACCGCUCUAAAGAGACUCAAGGAGAUCAUGGAGGGAAAGAGCCAGGUAUCUACCAUACCUUUUCACCAUCACACUGCUGCUGCUGUUUAUUGUACUUCACAUUACACUGCUGUUGUUUUACACACCGUUACUCUAAUGCUGCUUGGUUUUACUUGGAGUAAUAUAGCCUAGCUAACUAUCACAGUCACACACAGGCAACUGUUCCAAAUAUAGGAUAACAUGUGAAGACACAUUUACAUUUACAUCAUUUAACAGACACUCUUAUCCAGAGCGACUUACAAAUUGGACACCUCUUAUUCUUUAAAAGUAGGCUGUUAUUGUUUCAUCUAACCGUUUGAUUUCAGUGAAAUAUAGUUUCCAUAUACUUUGAAAAGAUUGCUUCAGCAUUACUUUAUACCACAGUGCUAAUUGGUCCACUAAAUAAAGAAGGCAUAUUGCAGGACAGUGACCUGAAGCAGUACUGGAUGCCAGACAGCCAGUGUAAGGAGUGCUACGACUGCAAUGAGAAGUUCACCACCUUCCGCCGCCGCCACCACUGCCGGCUCUGUGGCCAGAUCUUCUGCAGCCGCUGCUGCAACCAGGAAAUCCCUGGCAAGUUCAUGGGCUACACGGGUGAGUGCUUUGGGGACUCACAGGAGGGGGUGGGGGGGGGGGCAUGAACCCAAGACCAUGCCCACCCUCUGCCUGCCUGCAUCAUCAUCAUUAUCCCUAGAGACCUCCUGAGGAGAGGGGAGACAGCCCCUAAAGAAUUAACCCAAAGCAGGGUCACAAUGUGUUAGUGAGGUCCAAUGGAAGAGAUCUAGGAGAGCCACCGCUGGGAUCAUAUGUAUGUACAGAGGUCUAUGGGUUCUCAUAGCAUGGUGUGUGUUUUUCUGCUGUGGUUGUGUGUGUUACUUAAGUUGGACUUGGGUAAGUUGACUGGUUGACCAGUAGCGUUUGAGCUAGCGUUUGAGCUAACAUUGCUGUGAUGUGAGAAUCUGAGACCAAGAGAUCUAAUCAAUAGCAUGUUUGUCCUUUGAUGAUGUGAUGUGACCUAACCAUGCCAUGCAGUGACCACAUCACAGUAACCACAAUACUGCCUCCAUCCUAGCUCAUUGCAGGACCUGCUCUUCCUCUCACUGACUCCUACCUUUCUCUCUGUCUCCCUCCCUCCAUUGUCACCUCUCUCUCUCUCUCUCUCCUCUCUCUCUCUCUCUCUCUCCUCUCUCUCUCUCUCUCCUCUCUCUCUCUCCUCUCUCUCCUCUCUCUCUCUCUCUCUCUCUCUCUCUCUCUCUCUCUCUCCUCUCCUCUCUCUCUCUCUCUCUCUCUCUCUCUCUCUCUCUCUCUCUCUCACUCUCCCACUCUUACUCUUACUCUCGCUCUGUUACUCUCCAAUUUGUAAGUCGCUCUGGAUAAGAGCGUCUGCUAAAUGACUUAAAUGUUAAAUGUAUAGGAGACCUGCGGGCCUGCACCUACUGCCGUAAGAUCGCUCUGAGCUACGCCCACUCUGCAGACUCUGGCUCCAUAGGGGAGGACCUGUCUGCUCUGUCUGACUCCUCCCCCUGCUCCACCUGUGUCCUGGAGCCCAGCGAGCCUCGCACCCCAGUCGGUGGACGGAAGGCCAGCCGCAACAUCUUCCUAGAGGAGGACCUGGCCUGGCAGAGGUAAACUACGGCUGCAUCCCAAAUGGCACUCAGCACGGAGAGGAGAAACCAUAGAGAUAAAUCAAUAUUUAAAUCAUAGAUUUAACUCUGUGGGAGGAACCCCAUGCAUGCACUCUCCAGUCUUUUGCAUCCUUCCUCUAGUCAUUUUGUUCCCUUCCCCUCCCGUCCUGUCCUACGAACGAUGCAUGCACUCCUCCUUCGCAUUGACCUCUAGUCUUUUGUUGUCUUCUCUUCACCUCUCUUGUCAUCAGUGUUUUCUUUCUCUCAGUGUAUAUCCUGCAUGAUUCUCUGUAUCCCUACUCUCAUAUCUUUGUCUUUUCCUCCAAAUGCAGAGUUGAAGAGACAGAGGAGAGAGAAACAUUGAGCGUUCUUCAUCCCCCAUAUCCUCUCCUCUCCAUGUCCUGUCCUCUCCCUCCCUGCCCACUCCAUCCUUCUCCUGUCUCCUCCGCCUGUCCUCCUUUUCAUCACUUGUGUACUGGGUGCGUUCCUUAUCCCUGCUUGGUCCACUUUCACGGGCACGGUUUUAUUGGCCCUCUACUUCUUCCUAACCAAUCAUUCGUAUUACCUUUGAGAGGGGACCCUUUUGAAAAACAGGGAUUUCUAAUAAAUUGUUGACUUUUGAUACAAUGAUUACCAAGAGGUAUGCCAUAUUAUUCAAUUGAAAAUACUUUUUCCUAUUGUGUUUUUCAGACAUCCCUUUGUUUGAUUUUGACAGGGAACGCAUGCUUUUAUAUCGUUGGUUAGCUCUACUAAAAUGCCAUUCCUUUGAACUAUAUAACCAGCUUUGAUCCAAUUAUCAGUGUGCUGCUCUUGCUCAAAGAAAAUAUUUCCCCCCUUCUCUCCUGGCAUAGAAAAACUCCCAUUGGGAUGAGAAAGAAGUGAGUCCUGCUGUUAUUUUUAUUAACUUUCCAACUUCUCUGACAGCUUGUAACAGUUUUGUCUUUCUUUUACUUUUGAGUUGAGCUUUACCAUUCGAGCCCUACCAUAUUGAGACUUCUGCAUGCGUCUACCAUAGCAAGUAACGGGAGUGUUAUAUGGACAUCAAAGAUGGAUGUAAAAUUAUUUAGUUCAGGAAUGAAUUGGUUUGUAUGUCUGUGUGUGUCAGUUUGAUUCACCAGGAGUCUCAGAACAGUGGCAUGAAUUCUAGACGGACCACGCUACAAGAGGAUGGAGGCAAGUCACCAAUAAGGAAGCGGUGAGUGUCUGCUUUUGGCCCAACAGCUUUUUAUAGAACCCUUUUACAGCUACUUUUACAUUAUUCCAGCUAGGUUUAGGGCUUGUAUUUUGGUGCCCUAUUCUCUGAUGGUGCAUCCCACAGAGAGAGAUUUAUAUGAAGUUCAAGGUUGGUUUCUUUUACAGAAACAAAGCAUGUCUGACUUUUGUUAAUAGGAAGAAAAUUGUCCAGGCCAUUUUUGUCUAUUUUAGAUUCUGGGGAUAUUAUCUAUAUGCAUGCAGCAGCAUCUACACUUAAACCACUAGAUGCUGUUUUCCAUUGUGCCCUUAGGUUUAUUACUGGUGAUGGUUAUAGAAUUCACCACUGUGUUUUGUAUCAAAAAGUGGGUUGGGCCUCAUUGUAUGUAAGGAGAGAGCAGCAUUUUCUUGUGUUUAUCUACAAAGCACUCAUGCAGAAACUUUCUAUCAUCAUUCAUUCAAUUUAGACUUCCAAAUGACCAAACCCGGUCUCAGGCUUGGAUAACACUGGAGGCCCUUUUGGUCUCCACACAGUUGGGUAAAGCUGCUUUUAGUUUUUUUGCGCCCUUUAUGUGGAACAACUUACAGAGCUCUCUGAAAUGAGAUGUUCUGGUCCCCAUUGGUCAGUUUAGAGUAAUGAUCAGAGACCUCUAUGUUGAUAAAUGUGUCUGUUUAUCUGUCUUGUAAUUUUGUAUAUUGUAUAUGUUUGAUGUAUUUAUGCAGGUCUCAUCUGUAAAAGAGACCCUAGUCUUCCCUGUCAAAAUAAAGGUUAAAUAAAAUAUAGAAUAGUUAUAAUAGUGUGUUCAUUCUAUUUCUGUUGCACCCUUUUUGACAUGUAUUACCCCCCCCCCCCUCCCCCCUUCCACACUUUAACAAUGGAAAGGCUUUGUCUGAAAUGAAAUGUAAUUAUCUAUGUGACAUCGAAACAUAGCCUACAAGGACAGACAUUACAUUCCAAUUUUAAUAAAACUACAGUUUUAUUACAUUCUUUAUGAGUGCGCCCCAUUAAAAAAAAGACGGUAUCAUACACACAUUUCGCACGUGUAGCUUGUUGUUAUUGUCAUCGAAGUCCUAGGCUCAAUGUGUAGCAAGUGAACUGGGAGAUUUGUAAUCAAUGCAAAAUGGAAUUAUAAUUACAGAAUUAAAUUGGCUGAAGGAGUAGGCUACAAUGAUCCACCAACAUGUAGGCUGUUGUUUAAUAUGAAUGGAGUUGUUGUAGACAAGGACAGGGAGCGCAGCAAAAUAGCCUCAAUUAGCCAGCCUUGCUACUUUAACUAGCUAGCUUCUUUACUACGAUUUGAUGCAGCCAAGACAGACACUACCAGAUGGUAUAAAAUAUAACCAAUGGCAGCAACAAGUUUGUCUAACUAGCGCGAGUUGGUUUGGCUACUUUAUCUCUCUCUUGCUCCCUCCGUGCCACACACAGACUGCCACACACCAGCCCCUGCUCCUCUCUCGCACCUACCCCACCCUUCUGCUGAAACAAGCGGAGCUCAGCGCACCGGUUUUCUCCCGAGUCGCUCGAGCAAGUAAAAAAUAAAUAAAAAAAUCCUUGUAUUUAAACUAUCCAGAUUUUUAUUUUUAUUUUAUUCGAAUAGUGAAAUAAUUUCAAAUACCGAUGCCUUUUCCACAGACACACACACACACACACACACAAUAAUCAACAUACAAAGUAGUUAGAGAAAUAGAAUGAGAAGUAAGGUACAGAAUGAAAAUGUGUUGUUGCAUCUAUUGAGUGAUGGUCCUGUAAUGCCAGCCCUGUCUUAUCCAGGUCAGCCAGUGUGACCAACCUGUCCCUGGACCGGUCUGGCUCCUCCAUGGUGCCCUCCUAUGACAGCUCAGUGAGCCCACAGACCAGCAGGGCCAUGCCCAAACCUGACCACAGCGAAGAGGAGAGGAAGAUACUGUUGGUAAUGAUGCUCUCUUACUUUCAUUCCCUCUUUUCCCCUUAUUCUAUCUCACUCUGAAUCACGCUUUCUCACUCUGAAUCUCUCGCUCGCCCUCUCUCUCCAUCUCACCGUUACUCUCUUUCGCUUUCUCUCGCUCUCUCGCUUCCCUCUAUCCUCUAUCUCUCCCUCUAUCUUGGUCUGUAUACUUUUCUCUCUCCAAUUUACAAUCCAUUGUUGACAAAGCAAACACAAAAGUCAUUUUUGACUGACUGACUGUCAUGACAUGUAGGACUCGUCCCAGCUCAAAGACCUGUGGAAGAAGAUUUGUCACAACAGUACUGGUAUGGAGUUCCAGGACCACCGCUACUGGCUCCGUACAUACCCCAACUGCAUUGUGGGGAAGGAGCUGGUCAACUGGCUGCUAAGGAAUGGAACCAUCUCUACCAGGUAAAGACAGACAUCAUGGCUAGCUGAGUGAAAACCAUUGUGGAAGUCUGAGUAAGCAUCCUAUUGUAUUAAGCAGAGGUUACAUUAGUUACUAAAUGUUCUUUCUCCCUCAUCUAUCCUCUAUUCUCUUUCUCGCUCUCUCUCUGUCUCUGUCUCUCUCUGUGUCUCUCUAUCGCUCACUCACACUCUUGCAGGGCCCAGGCGAUAGCCAUUGGCCAGGCUCUGGUAGAUGGUCGUUGGUUGGACUGUGUCACUCACCACGACCAGCUGUUCAGGGAUGAGUAUGCUCUCUAUCGCCCCCUCCAGGUGAGAUACUGUUUUGUGGGAAUAAGGGGAAGAGGACACUGAUAUUUUUAACAAUGCUGAUGGGGGUGGUGUUGGUGAUGAUGGUGGUCAUAAUUGUGAGGAUGAUGAUCAUGACAAUAGUGGUGUUGAUGAUGAUGAUGCUGUUGCUGCUCCUGAUGAUGACGAUGAUUGUGAACAUUAUGAUGAUUGUGUAGAUGAUGAUGGUUGAUUAUGCUUUUUCUGAUGAUGAUAAUGAUGGUGGUGAUACUGUUGCUCAUGACUAUGGUGAUGUUGAUGAAGGUGUCUUCUCUUCUCACAGAACACAGACUUCUCUGAGACCCCGUCUCCUGACAGUGACAGUGUCAACUCUCUGGAAGGACACUCAGAACCUUCCUGGUUCAAAGACAUCAAGUUUGACGACAGUGACACAGACCAGGUGGCUGACGAGAAUGACUAUGUCAUGCCGAGUACGCCCAGUAAGUAUCCCAGCAUGCCUUGUGACUCUGGCACUCUGGCUAUGCAUUACUACAACUAGCCUCAUGUCCAUGUCUGUUGUUUUCCUAAAUAAUAGGUAGUUGAGUCCUUCUGUAAUAUCUCUGAGAUGUUUCUUAGUAUUUCUCAAAUCAAAUCAAAUGUUAUUUGUCCCAUACACGUGUUUAGCAGAUGUUAUUGCGGGUGUAUCGAAAUGCUUGUGCUUCUAGCUCCGACAGUGCAGUAAUAUCUAACAAGUAAUAUCUAACAAUUUCACAACAUAUACCCAAUACACACAAAUCUAGUAAGGAAUGGAAUUUAAGAAUAUAUACAUAUAUGGACAAGCAAUGACAGAGCGGCAUGGACUAAGAUACAGUAGAAUAUUAUUGAAUAGAAUACAGUAUAUACAUACAGUGAGGGAAAAGUAUUUGAUCCCCUGCUGAUUUUGUACGUUUGCCCACUGACAAAGAAAUGAUCAGUCUAUAAUUUUAAUGGUAGGUUUAUUUGAACAGUGAGAGACAGAAUAACAACAAAAAAAUCCAGAAAAACGCAUGUCAAAAAUGUUAUAAAUUGAUUUGCAUUUUAAUGAGGGAAAUAAGUAUUUGACCCCGUCUAAAUCAGAAAGAUUUCUGGCUCCCAGGUGUCUUUUAUACAGGUAACGAGCUGAGAUUAGGAGCACACUUAAAGGGAGUGCUCCUAAUCUCAGUUUGUUACCUGUAUAAAAGACACCUGUCCACAGAAGCAAUCAAUCAAUCAGAUUCCAAACUCUCCACCAUGGCCAAGACCAAAGAGCUCUCCAAGGAUGUCAGGGACAAGAUUGUAGACCUACACAAGGCUGGAAUGGGCUACAAGACCAUUGCCAAGCAGCUUGGUGAGAAGGUGACAACAGUUGGUGCGAUUAUUCGCAAAUGGAAGAAACACAAAAGAACUGUCAAUCUCCCUCGGCCUGGGGCUCCAUGCAAGAUCUCACCUCAUGGAGUUGCAAUGAUCAUGAGAACGGUGAGGAAUCAGCCCAGAACUACACGGGAGGAUCUUGUCAAUGAUCUCAAGGUGGCUGGGACCAUAGUCACCAAGAAAACAAUUGGUAACACACUACGCCGUGAAGGACUGAAAUCCUGCAGCGCCCGCAACGUCCCCCUGCUCAAGAAAGCACAUAUACAGGGCUGUCUGAAGUUUGCCAAUGAACAUCUGAAUGAUUCAGAGGAGAACUGGGUGAAAGUGUUGUGGUCAGAUGAGACCAAAAUGGAGCUCUUUGGCAUCAACUCAACUCGCCGUGUUUGGAGGAGGAGGAAUGCUGCCUAUGACCCCAAGAACACCAUCCCCACCGUCAAACAUGGAGGUGGAAACAUUAUGCUUUGGAGGUGUUUUUCUGCUAAGGGGACAGGACAACUUCACUGCAUCAAAGGGAUGAUGGACGGGGCCAUGUACCGUCAAAUCUUGGGUGAGAACCUCCUUCCCUGGGCCGUGGAUGGGUAUUCCAGCAUGACAAUGACCCAAAAAACACGGCCAAGGCAACAAAGGAGUGGCUCGAGAAGAAGCACAUUAAGGUCCUGGAGUGGCCUAGCCAGUCUCCAGACCUUAAUCCCAUAGAAAAUCUGUGGAGGGAGCUGAAGGUUCGAGUUGCCAAACGUCAGCCUCGAAACCUUAAUGACUUGGAGAAGAUCUGCAAAGAGGAGUGGAACAAAAUCCCUCCUGAGAUGUGUGCAAACCUGGUGGCCAAAUACAAGAAACGUCUGACCUCUGUGAUUGCCAACAAGGGUUUUGCCACCAAGUACUAAGUCAUGUUUUGCAGAGGGGUCAGAUACUUAUUUCCCUCAUUAAAAUGCAAAUCAAUUUAUACAAUUUUUGACAUGCGUUUUUCUGGAUUUUUUUGUUGUUAUUCUGUCUCUCACUGUUAAAUAAACCUACAAUUAAAAUUAUAGACUGAUCAUGUCUUUGUCAGUGGGCAAACGUACAAAAUCAGCAAAUCAACUUUUUUCCCUCACUGUAUGAGAUGCAAGAUAUAUAAACAUUAUUAAAGUGACUAGUGUUCCAUUUCUUAAAGUGGCCAGUUAUUUCAAUAGGCAGCAGCAGCCUCUAGUGUGCUAGUGAUGGCUAUUUAACAGUCUGAUGGCCUUGAGAUAGAAGCUGUUUUUCAUUCUCUCGGUCCCAACUUUGAUGCACCUGUACUGACCUCGCCUUCUGGAUGAUAGCGGGGUGAACAGGCUGUGGCUCGGGUGGUUGACGUCCUUGAUGAUCUUUUUGGCAUUCCUGUGACAUCGGGUGCUGUAGGUGUCUUGGAGGGCGGGUAGUUUGCCCCUGGUAAUGCGUUCGGCAGACCGCACCACCCUCUGGAGAGCCCUGCGGUUGCGGGUGGUGCAGUUGCCGUACCAGGCGGUGAUACAGCCUGACAGGAUGCUCUCAAUUGUGCAUCUGUAAAAGUUUGUGAGGGUUUUAGGUGCCAAGCCAAAUUUCUUCAGCCUCUUGAGGUUGAAGAGGCUCUGUUGCACCUUCUUCACCACACUGUCUGAGUGGGUGGACCAUUUCAGUUUGUCAGUGAUGUGUACGCCAAUGAACUUGAAGCUUUCCACCUUCUCCACUGCGGUCCCGUCGUUUCCUGAAGUCCACGAUAAUCUCCUUUGUUUUGUUGAUGUUGAGUGAGAGAUUAUUUUCCUGGCUCCACACUCCCCAGAGCCCUCACCUCCUCCCUGUAGGCGGUUUCGUCAUUGUUGGUAAUCAAGCCUACUACUGUUGUGUUGUCUGCAAACUUGAUGAUUGAGUUGGAGGCGUGCUUGGCCACGCACUCAUGGGAGAACAGGGAGUACAGGAGGGGGCUGCGCACGCACCCUUGUAGGGCCCCAGUGUUGAGGAUCAGCGAAGUGGAGAUGUUGUUUCCUACCUUCACCACCUGGGGGUGGCCUGUCAGGAAGUCCAGGACCCAGUUGCACAGGGCGGGGUUCAGACCCAGGGCCUCGAGCUUAAUGAUGAGCUUGAAGGGUACUAUGGUGUUGAAUUCUGAGCUAUAGUCAAUGAACAGCAUUCUGAUGUAGGUAUUCCUCUUGUCCAGAUGGGAUAGGGCAGUGAGCAGUGUGAUGGCGAUUGCAUUGUCUGUGGAUCUAUUGGGGCGGUAACAAAUUGAAGUGGGUCUAGGGUGACAGGUAAGGUGCAGGUGAUAUGAUCCUUGACUAGUCUCUCAAAGCACUUCAUGAUGACAGAGGUGAGUGCUACGGGGCGAUAGUCAUUUAGUUCAGUUACCUUUGCUUUCUUGGGUACAGGAACAAUGGUGGCCAUCUUGAAGCAUGUGAGGACAGCAGACUGAGAAAGGGAGAGAUUGAAUAUGUCCGUAAACACACCAGCCAGCUGGUCUGCGCAUGCUCUGAGGACGCAGCUAGGGAUGCCGCCUGGGCCGGCAGCCUUGCGGGGGUUAACAUGCUUAAAUGUCUUACUCAACUAAUGAACUAAUAAUUAAUUCUAAGAGCCCUUUUGUACUGUCUCUGAUAUGUAUCUUAGUAUUUAUUCCCCUCCAUGCUGCUAUGUAUCAAGAAGAGAAAUUCCAUUUUUAUUACAUGACUAAUAAAUAAAUAAAUAAAUCCCCCCCCCCCCCCCCCCCCCCCCCCCCCAAUCAGACUCGUCCAGUCCCAGUAAGAGGACGUCAGUCAGCAGUUUCCAGUCAGCGGUGGACAGUGACUCAGCUGCCUCCAUCAACCUCAAUAUGGAGCAGGACAAUGUCAACUUCCACAUUAAGAAACAGUCCAAGUACCCGCAUGUACCUCCGCACCCUACGGAGCAGAAAGGUACUGAGCCACACACACACACAUAUAUUGAUUGGUUGCUGUUGUCUUGCUGUAGGCAAACACCUUUACUAAGGCUGUGUUUACACAAUCACCCAAAAUCUGAUGUAUUGUCCUAUCUGAUACCUAUCUUAUCUUUUCUCCGUGGAAUCUGGUCUGUUGAGUUCACAUUUGUAUGGCUGCGUUAACACAGGCAGCCCAAUUCUGAUCUUUUUUUGACUAAUUGGGCUUUUGACCAAUCAGAUCAGCUCUUUUGCCCAUAAUUGGGCAAAAAAUCAGAAUUGGGCUGCCUAUGUGGUUCUCAAUCCUAAUACAAUUCCAAUGUUUCAUAUGCAACCUCAGUCUGAAAGCUCAAUUCAGAUUUAUUUUGCUCUAAAGUGGGAUUUUUGCACCUGACCUGCUGUUACAACAACAACCAGCCCAACGUUUAAAGGAACUGUGACAGGAAAUAAGUGUGGCGGUCAGAAAAAAAUAUAGUAUAGCACACAAAGAGGAACAUAACCUAUCUGUUGGCAUUGCCAGUUCCCAUAACAGGUACCGGUAUAUGUUUUUGGAAGGUGGAGUUGUGUGUGUUGAUGCAUUUCUCCUCUUUCUCUCUCCUAUCAGAGUACCUGGUCUCAGAGGACGGAGGACAGAAUAUCUCCAUCAGCGACGCCUUCAUCAAAGGUAGGAGGGUCGUUCCACCAAUUCUGUGUCUUUUGAGAAGUGUUACUGUCAACUGGGGAGUUGUCAUACUGUCAACAAAGCAGCAUGACUGAAUUAAGUAUUCAGAUUACUGGUUGUUUCUUUGGGAAGAUUUACAGUUGAAAUCGGAAGUUUACAUUCACCUUAGCCAAAUACAUUUAAACUCAGUUUUUCACAAUUCCUAACAUUUAAUCCUAGUAAAGAUUCCCUGUUUUAGGUCAGUUAGGAUCACCACUUUAUUUUAAGAAUGUGAAAUGUCAGAAUAAUAGUAGAGAGAAUGAUUUAUUUCAGCUUUUAUUUAUUUCAUCACAUUCCCAGUGGGUCAGAAGUUUACAUACACUCAAUUAGUAUUUGGUAGCAUUGCCUUUAAAUUGUUUAACUUGGGUCAAACUUUUCGGGUAGCCUUCCACAAGCUUCCCACAAUAAGUUGGGUGAAUUUUGGCCCAUUCCUCCUGACAGAGCUGGUGUAACUGAGUCAGGUUUGUAGGCCUCCUUGCUCGCACACGCUUUUUCAGUUCUGCCCACACAUUUUCUAUAGGAUUGAGGUCAGGGCUAUGUGAUGGCCACUCCAAUACCUUGACUUGUUGUCCUUAAGCCAUUUUGCCACAACUUUGGAAGUAUGCUUGGGGUCAUUGUCCAUUUGGAAGACCCAUUUGCGACCAAGCUUUGACUUCCUGACUGAUGUCUUGAGAUGUUGCUUCAAUAUAUCCACAUAAUUGUCCUUCCUCAUGAUGCCAUCUAUUUGGUGAAGUGCACCAGUCCCUCCUGCAGCAAAGCACCCCCACAGCAUGAUGCUGUCACCCCCGUGCUUCACGGUUGGGAUGGUGUUCUUCGGCUUGCAAGCCAACCCCUUUUUCCUCCAAACAUAACGAUGGUCAUUAUGGCCAAACAGUUCUAUUUGUGUUUCAUCAGACCAGAGGACAUUUCUCCAAAAAGUACAAUCUUUGUCCCCAUGUGCAGUUGCAAACCGUAGUCUGGCUUUUUUAUCGUGGUUUUGGAGCAGUGGCUUCUUCCUUGCUGAGCAGCCUUUCAGGUUAUGUCAAUAUAGGACUUGUUUUACUGUGGAUAUAGAUACUUUUGUACCUGUUUCCUCCAGCAUCUUCACAAGGUCCUGUGCUGUUGUUCUGGGAUUGAUUUGCACUUUUCGCACCAAAGUACGUUAAUCUCUAGGAGACAGAACGCGUCUCCUUCCUGAGCGGUAUGACGGCCCCGUGGUCCCAUGGUGUUUAUACUUGCGUACUAUUGUUUGUACAGAUGAACGUGGUACCUUCAGGCAUUUGGAAAUUGCUCCCAAGGAUGAACCAGACUUGUGGAGGUCUGCAAAUUUUUUUCUGAGGUCUUGGCUGAUUUAUUUAGAUUUUCCCAUGAUGUCAAGCAAAGAGGCACUGAGUUUGAAGGUAGGCCUUGAAAUACAUCCACAGGUACACCUCCAAUUGACUCAAAUGAUGUUAAUUAGCCUAUCAGAAGCUUCUAAAGCCAUGACAUCAUUUUCUGGAAUAUUCCAAGCUGUUUAAAGGCACAGUCAACUUAGUGUAUGUAAACUUCUGACCCACUGGAAUUGUGAUACAGUGAAUUAAAUGUGAAAUAUUCUGUCUGUAAACAAUUGUUGGAAAAAUUACUUGUGUCAUGCACGAAGUAGAUGUCCUAACCGACUUGCCAAAACUAUAGUUUGUUAACAAGACAUUUGUGGAGUGGUUGAAAAACAAGUUUUAAUGACUCCAACCUAAGUGUAUGUGAACUUCCGACUUCAACUGUAUAAAGUUAUCUGUGCAUUUGAACAACAGCAUAAAUACACCAAUUUACUUUUGCAUGUAAAAACUGAAUCACCUCUGCUGCACAUGCUGCCACUGUUUUGAUUACCAAAGUUAUAUCUUUAGAACGAGCAGCUCGCAGCCAGCUCACGAGUGCAUCGAUGUACACGCACAGGGAAAACGCAACAAGCACAAAUGCGAGACGUGAAAACAAAUGAUCUAACUGGGGAUAGCUAGAUAGCAUGAUGAAGUCGGCAGUAACUUUAGUUGGAGUUGAUUGCCAUGCGAGCUAGCAAGCUAGUUACCGGUAUGCUAGCUUUCUGGUAGCUAGUGUCCACUAGAUAGCAUCUAAUGGCAGGAAACAAAAAACAGUGUUUUGCGAAUUGGGCACAGAGCAAUGUUUUUUUUUGUCCUACCAGAUCCGUGAGAAGGUUUUAGCAAGUGUCUGGUUCAGGCCCCAGGCUCCCAAAGACUUUCAUGAUUAUUUAUGUACAAGGUCAUUUGCAAUUUGCUCUUUAGCCCAAUCUGUUCAGUACCUGAGUGAGCAGACCCAAUAGCAAGCAAUGUAAUAGCUGGCAAUGCAAUCCGCGUGCUGGGCGGCAGGCCGGAUGCCCGGUGCUGCUGAGGACAGAGCAGUAGAUAACUUUAGAUUUGUUCUAUUUAUUGUUUUUCACUUAUUUAAACCAAUCAAAAGUGGGGCACUUCCCCUAACGCCCUAAUGGGUGGGCCGCCACGGUUCACCAUAUUAAAAUGAAAGUUCAGUUCACAUAACAGGGUUGACCUUAAAAUGAGGGACAGAUGUAAAUGAAUCACUGAUCACAUGAAAUAAAUUAUCAUGUUCAGAAAUGACUUUUUUCAAAGCAACAAAAUAACUAGGACUUUACAAUGAUGUUGAAACUUUGAGAAUGUUGGGAUUAAGUGGGUUGAAAUCUUCUUAGAAGUGACGACACAGGGUUGACAAAGGGAGCCUUUAAUAAAAGUUAAUUUUAUUUUAUUUUAUUCUCCAUGUGGUCUAUAUUAAAGGGCAGUUAAUUUAAUAUAACAGGCUUUAAAAUGCAAUAUUGGUGCACAAUUCCUACUUAAAAUAUCAAAGGGAUGCACGCAAAAGGCACUCUUUUUGUGGAAUGACCCUGGAAUUCCCCACUUCCUCCCCAAGUAUUGCUUCCUUUUCAACUCUUUUGCAGCUGUGUAUUCUUUCUAUUGAACAAGCAGUUGGUACUGAACCUAAUGUAUUGUAGCUGUAAGCCAAGCUAACAUUCUCUAUAUCUCGCUCUCUCACGCUUCUCUCUGUCUCUGUGUGUGUGCUGUAGAGUCCCUGUUUAACCGUCGUGUGGAGGAGAAGGUUAAAGAGAUGCUGUUUACUCCUCUGGGCUGGCACCACAGCUCCCUGGACCAGCUCAGGGAGGAGAAUGGAGAGAAGAAGGCAAUGGAGAGGCUACUGUGAGUACAGUCAUAACUUAGAGGUUAGAAAGUUGCUCAAAUGUUUUUGUCAUUCCUCUUAUUUAUAGGUAUGUGGGAUGUUUGGAAACUAAAGACUAGUCUUUAGCCUACUGAAGUGAAGUAGAACUGGAACUGAAGUGGAACAUAUUUAUGAGUCAUUCUUUUAGAUAAAACAACAUCUCAGUAUGAAUUGGAGCAUACUAUGGUGUUAUGUAAAAUAUUUAGCUGGUGAAUCAGCAUGGUAUACUUGCCUAAAACUGCUGUUUUCUCCCCUCCCUCCCUUCCCCAGCUCUGCCAACCACAGCCACAUGAUGGCGCUGCUGCAGCAGCUGCUGUACAGCGAGUCCCUGUCCCUCUCCUGGCGUGACAUCAUUGUUCCCGUGGUGAGGCAGGUGGUGCAGACGGUACGGCCGGACGUUCGCAGCUGUGAUGAUGACAUGGACAUCAGACAACUAGUCCACAUCAAGAAGGUAGCUCACUGACAGUAACCUCGUACAACCAUCCGGAAAUCUCGCAAGCUUACAUUCUGUAGCACAGCGGUAAUCAGUCUGGUAAUUACGAGGCUACACUGACAGCGCUCUCAUGGAGGUAUUCUGACUUGAGAUUUGGGUGAUUAACUGGACUUUCUGUGCAAGUCUCCAUAUUGAAGUCAAUGAAAGAUUUACGCUAAAGUCUGAGUUGCCUGCACUUAUCUGAACUCUGAAUCAGGUUAUUUGUCAUUUAGCUGUACUUAUACUGCACACACUGUAGGAGUUGACUUUCGAGUAAUUUAAUGUAACCAAAAUGGCAUUAUUUCUAUGUUUCUUUUUUUAGAUUCCUGGAGGGAAGAAGUUUGACUCUGCCGUAGUGAAUGGUUUUGUCUGUACCAAGAACAUUGCCCACAAAAAGGUAGGUUCCCUCUCCUCUCCUGUAACAACAACCACCAUCUCUCCCUGUAAACAGAGCCAGAAUGACACCGUGUAUUGCUUGUCUAUGUGCAGAUGAACUCAGUAAAGUACUAUUUUGUCUUAUCUUAGAUGAACUCGUACAUCAAGAACCCCAAGAUCCUGCUGCUGAAGUGUUCCAUAGAGUAUCUCUACAGAGAGGAGACCAAGUUCACCUGCAUUGACCCCAUCGUGCUUCAGGUCAGUCAGUUAGACACUCAAUCAGUGGUUUGUGGGUUGGGCUGUCAUAUUGGUUUAAAGCACGACUGAUUGAUGUAGCUAAAAUAACAAGAUGACAAGUAUCAUUUCAAAUAGCCUAAUCAAGGGCUAGGCAUUAAGACAAGCAAAUUUAGAAUAAAUAUUUCAGUAAUUCCAAAUUUGCUAGCACCCAUCCACAAUUUCUAGAAAUUAAGAAAAAUAAACAAAUCUUUGUCUGUCUUUGUUCCCCAGGAGCGUGAGUUUCUGAAGAACUAUGUUCAGCGUAUAGCGGACGUGCGUCCCAACCUGGUGCUGGUGGAGAAGACUGUGUCUCGUAUCGCUCAGGACAUGCUGCUGGAGCACGGGAUCGCACUGGUCAUCAACGUCAAACCAGUCAGUACCUCUCUAGCUCUCUGUACUGCUAGUUACCUUAUUAGCUGUGGUUAUCAAUGUCAAACCAGUCAGUACUGCCCUGCCCUCUCGCUAGCGCUGUGUACUAGUUACCGUACUAGCCUGGGUUAUGUUUCCAAACCCAGCUUUUAGCUAGCUUUAGAACAUUAUUACAUACAUGUAACUGCCAGAAUAAAGGAAACACCAACAUAACGUGUCUUAAUAGGGCGUUGGGCCACCACGAGCCAGAACAGCUUCUAUGUGUCUGGAACUCUAUUGGAGGGAUGUGACACCAUUCUUCCACGAGAAAUUCCAUAAUUUGGUGUUUUGUUGAUGGUGGUGGAAAACGCUCUCUAAGGCGCCGCUCCAGAAUCUCCCAUAAGUGUUCAAUUGGGUUGAGAUCUGAUGACUGAGAUGGUCAUGGCAUAUGGUUUACAUCGUUUUCAUGCUCACCAAACCAUUCAGUGACCACUCAUGCCCCGUGGGCCUGCCCAGCAUUUUUAUACAUGACCCUAAGCAUGAUGGGAUGUUAAUUGCUUAAUUAACUCAGGAACCACACCUUUGUGGAAGCACCUGCUAUCAAUAUACUUUGUAUCCCUCGUUUACUCAAGUGUUCCCAUUAUUUUGGCAUCUACCUGUAUGUAGCUGUUGUUAGUUUAUAUAUUUUAUAACAAUUGUAUUACUCUUUAUGAGUGUGUCUGUAGCCAGCUGUCUAUUAACCAUACCUGCUCUCAGUCUCUAUUUCCCUCCUCUAUGGUUCUCUGCAGCAAGUCUUGGACAGGGUGAGUCGUAUGACCCAGGGGGACCUAGUCAUGUCUAUGGACCAGCUGCUCACCAAGCCUCGACUGGGAACCUGCCAAAAAUUCUACCUACACUCCUUCCAGCUGGCCAACAGUGAGGGGAAACGACUCUGUCCUCAACUUCCUGCCUUCAGCUACUUUUAGUCUACAUCUUAAAUCUCUACUUCUUAGAUAUUGAAAGCCAUUCAUAAAACUUACUUCACUUAAAUAAUCCAACACAUGAAACAUACUGCAACCAGGUGCUUUCAUUCACAACUUCCUCCCUCCUAGUCUAGACUUACCUCCAGGCUCCUCCUUCUGAGUGCCACAGCACAACUGUGUAAUAUGUUCUCCUCUCUCCCCUUCUGCUCUCUCUGUGACAGAUGAGUUGAAGUCUCUGAUGUUCUUUGAGGGCUGCUCUCCCCAGCUGGGCUGUACCAUAAAGCUUCGCGGGGCGUCUGAGUACGAGCUGGCCAGGGUUAAAGAUAUCAUCAUCCUCAUGGUGUGUGUGGCCUACCACUCCCAGCUAGAGAUAUCCUUUCUCAUGGAUGAGUUCGCCAUGCCUCCCAGCCUGGCCAAGACCAACUCCUUCCCCUGUCUCCUGGAGAGCACUACCGUCGAGGAGGAGGAGGAGAGCCAGGGCGAGAACCAGGAAAAUGGGACCGACCAGAGCACCCUCUCCCAGGGAGGAGAGACUGUGCUGGGGGAGAAGGAGGAGGAGGAGGAGAAGCCUUCCCUUCGGAAAUCUGUAUCAGAGUCCUCCUCGCCUAAAGAUGUCAAUGGUGUAAAAGUAAACAAAAACCACUUCCUGUCCUCCUCUUCCUCCCUGGGGGCCGAGGGGCUGGAGUCAGCAGAGGUCAUGACCUCCACGCCAUUGUCCAAUCGCCCGGUGCUGCAACCUCCAGUGUCCCCACCCUAUCUCAUUGAUGACCUGGAGGAGUUGGCAGAUGAGAUUGGGCCGGGGAAGGGGGAGACUGAGGGGGGGAGCGGGUCGGGGGUUCUGGGGAGGGGUGAGUCGCGGGAGGAAAGCUCGGGUUCGGAGACGCCCCCCAGGCUGUUCAGAGACCCCCUGCAGGAUGACACAGGGCUGUUUGUCACAGAGCAGGUGAGGGGAAAAACGGAUUAAGGCUAUAGACAGAAACACGUUGGUUUUAAUAAUAAAGAAGCAUUUUGAAAUUAGUUUCCAUUGUCCUCCAAGAGUGUCCAACAAUAUCCUCUUCUGUUUUGCCACCGAGCAGGUGGCCUCGACGGACGACCGUCUCAAGACACUUACGGCAGGCUUCAAACAGGAGCUGAAGGACAUCAUCCUUUGUAUCUCCCCAUUCAUCACCUUCACAGAGCCCUUCCUCCUCACGCCUGCUGGCCUACGCUGCCCCAGCAGAGACUACUUUCCUGAAAAGGUCUGUUGGUUUACAUUCACUGAAGGUUUUUCAACCUUUUUUCUAUCAAAUCGCUCAAUGUAGUUCAGUAAUGUACAAUAGAAUAUUAGAUCAUCAGUUUGUGACUUUCAGUUCCUCUGUACUCAGUUGUUGGUUAUAGUGGAGAUGUCUACAAAAAUGUUUGUUGUAAUGCAAAUGCAUUACGCACAUUUCAUAACACUUAAGUGCUGGGCGAAUGAUCCAAUAAGAUAUUUUCAUAUUUGAGAUUUAACAUACUAGUUCCUUGUGCAGGUGUAUCUCUCUCCGCUGCUCAACAAGGACUUCAAAGAACUAGACUGUCGACGUAAGCGACAACUCCUCAAAGACUCCGCCCCGUCAGGUGGAGGCAUCGCAACCGGAGGCCAUCCCCCCCGCCCCAUCCAGGUGUUACCCUCCCACCACCUUACCAGUGCCCGCAUCGCAGAGCAGCUGGGCAGCAGCCAGGACCUGGCCAAGAUGCUGGCAGACUACCGUGCCCAGGGGGGCCGCCUCCGACAGGAGGCAGACCCCUUCACCCAGCCCCUAACCCAGCCACCAGUCCUGGAGGCUCCACCGCCCAAGCACCCCGUCAAGGCUGAUAGUGAGGACGAGAAGCCAGCGGGACAGAACGACAUGACCUGGGCCUCCAAGGUGAGACAUGGCGAGGUAGUUAGUACGUCCACACACCACAAUAUAGGAGCUGGAUGGCACAGAGGAGGGAGACAGAUCUCCAACAGUCUCUCUGAUGUAUCUGUGGAGUUAUUGUUCUGAUGUGUGUGUAUAUUGAGUGUUUUUCCAUUACAGACAACCUAAUGUUAACAUCUCCCUUAGCCAGUGCUAGUUUACUGAUCAGUGUGUUCCAUUGAUGAGCACACCAUCUCACUCACUCUACAGAGAUAUUAGGUGAGGUCUGAAGAGGUGAAGUGCGCUCUUGUAUUGUAAAGCAUAUGUGCUUGUUGUUGUUGUUGACCACCAUUACUUCUCUGUGUUUUUAGCUGGACUGCCUGAACCCGGUGAACCACCAGAGACUGUGUGUUCUGUUCAGCAGCUCCUCAGCCCAGUCCAACAACGCCCCCAACCCCUGCGUCAGUCCCUGGUAAACCCCACUCAACCCUGGUGGUCUUCAAUUCAAUACAACUUUAUUUAUCCCCUUAGGGGCAAUACAGAAAUCUUGUGAACCCGCUGUGAAAGACCAGAUGACUGAACUCUGAAAGGUCAGCUAUUCACAAAUACUUAUUUGUUCUCAACAGGAUUGUCACGAUGGAGUUCUACGGAAAGAAUGACCUCACACUAGGAAUAUUCCUGGAGAGAUACUGUUUCAGGUGAGGGGAAAACGAUCAGAACCUGACAAAUUAUUUGAUUGAAUUUACAAUAAAAUAUUUUACGAUAAAAUGUGUCAUUGAUAUGUAAUAAAAUGUAACUCAAUGAAGCCCUUCUUCUUUGCCCUGCCGUGUCUGUCUGUCUGUCUGUCUGUCUGUCUGUGUGUGUCUGUGUAUGCAUGAUCUAGGCCAUCCUAUCAGUGCCCCAGUAUGUUCUGUGAGACUCCCAUGGUGCACCAUGUGCGGCGGUUUGUCCAUGGCAGUGGCUGUGUUCAGAUCGUACUGAAGGAGCUGGACUCUCCUGUGCCUGGAUACCAACACACCAUCCUCAACUACUCCUGGUGCCGCAUAUGCAAACAGGUACAGUAACUUGUUAAUCUGUGUUUUCUUAUCUGUUCCAUCACUACCCCCAGGAGUGCACGUUUGCUCUAUAGCUAGCACACCUAACUGUUUGCUUUAGUUAAUAGCGGGCUCACCUAGUUCAACUAAUCAAAUGCUUGCUAAUCAGAUGUGCCAGUUUUUCGCUAGAGCAAAAAGCUGCUGUCCAGGUCUGCUUAGCUUCUAUCGCUCACACAGCUUUGAUCCUUGGAUUCUACUCUGUCUUUCUAGGUGACUCCUGUGGUGCCCCUGUCCAAUGACUCGUGGUCCAUGUCCUUUGCUAAGUACCUGGAACUGAGGUUCUAUGGUCACCAGUAUACCAGGAGGGCUAAUGCUGAGCCCUGUGGCCACUCCAUCCACAAAGACUACCACCAGUACUUCUCCUACAACCAGAUGGUGGCCUCAUUCAGGUGGGAAACACAGUCCAGGGCUUCGAUUUUCAUCCAUCCAACCUGCCAUCCAUUCAUCCAGCCAUACAUCUAUCCAUCAUUUAUCAUUCUUACAAUUUUUUGUUACCAUUUUUGCAUCAAUUCAAAACAUCUUCAAAUGACCUAUUUUUUGUAUAACACUGGAAAGACAAAAUCUCCUGUAGAAUUCAGAUAAAUAUCACUAGAGGUAUUAUUAGUGUAGUAAACUGUAUAUGCCCAUGCCAUUCCACUUGUCUAACCCCCAGCUACAUCUCAGUGAGACUGCUGGAGAUCUGCCUCCCUCCUCCUAAGAUCUUCAUCAGAAACCAGGGGCCCUCCAAGGGCAGCAUGCAGCAGGACCUCAAGGACUUCUCACAGAAGUAACUGUCUACCUGUUGUCUGUCUACCAUGGCCUUAAGUAGCCUGGUCCCAGAUCUGUUUGUGCUGUAUAGCUGAGUCCUAUGGUUAUUGUCCUCUGUGAGUGGGCAAGACGGCACAAACAGAUCUGGGACCAGGCUCCAACUGAAGAAUCUAGUUUGACUAGUUUUUACCUUCUAUCUAGUUCUGACCAGUCCUUUUCCAUUAUCUCCCUCUCUUCCCUCUUGUCAGGGUGAAUCAGGUGUACCUGGCCAUAGAGGACCGCCUCACCUCCCUGAAAACGGACACCUUCAGCAAGACACGCGAGGAGAAGAUGGAGGACCUGUUUGCACAGAAAGACGUAGGUUCCUCCUCGAAGGGUGGGAGCUACACUCCAAAUAUGUCUCAUUAUGUGUAUGUAUAGUGCAGUGGAGGCUGAUGUUGCAUCAGUGUUGUCACUGUAAAUCGGAGGAUGGGCUCAUUGUAAUGGAUUGAAUGGAACGGUAUCAAACACAUGGUUUCCAUCAGUUUCCUUUGUGUGUGUGUUCAGAUGGAGGAGGCAGAGCUGCGUAGCUGGAUAGAGAAGCUGCAGGCUCGUCUCCAGGCCUGUGGUAGUGACUCUCCCCAGCAGCUCCAGACUGUAGUGGAGUCAGUGGUAGUGAAGAAACAGAGCCUGUGUGAAACACUGCAGUCCUGGAACAGCAGGUGAGAACACUGACAUCGGAGCAGCUUUUAAUGUUAGGGGCGGUUUCCUAGACACAAAUAAAGCCUAGUCUUUGACUAAGAAGCACUUUCAAUGGAUGAAUCUCCAAUAAACAAGCUUUUUAGUCUAGUACUAGGAUUCAUUUUUGUCUAGGAAACUGGUCCUUAGGGCUGAAUUCUAACUUGGGAUCAGACUUUCACAUCAAUUGAUUGAUGUCAGUGGGAGAUCUCAUAUCAUGAAUUUGUUGAACCAUUUAACCUCCAGGCUGCAGGACCUGUUCCAGCAAGAGAAGGGCAGGAAGCGGCUGUCUGUCCCAGCUAGCCCUGGGAGACACAGACAGACAGACGACAGCAAGGUCAGUGCAGUAUAUACCUGAUAGAAUUCAGAUGAUAGGAAGCACUUAGUAUAUGAUAAGCACUUAGUGUAUCAUAAUGGAUGGAAUGUUACGUUUUUUAUUUUGUUUAACAGACAAGUGCUCUGGAGUCCUCUCCACGCAACCCCUCCCCUGUGGUACAAAACGGUGACAAAGGUGAGGGGAGUUGUUCAGCUAUUAGUCAGAAUGCUAUAGUACUUCUCUCAUUGGUGGACAGUAGUUGAUGGGCGUGUCUGUUAUUUUCUUGACAGAGGACCGUCACCUCUCUGCCCUGCCCUCCAGCUCUGGGUCGUCAUUGCUAACAUUACCGUCACCAGGAGAACCAGGCUCAGAACCCCUCUCGUCUGGACCGUCCUUCCCUGACCAGGACUCCGUCAGCAUCCCAGAGGGUGAACACAUACACACACACACACACACACACACACACCUGUAGACACACACACAACCCCCCACAUACGCUUACCAUUCACUUUCUGUAGAUCUACAGUAUGUAUCUAAAAACAGACCUCUCCGGUCCCUAACUCAUUCUCAUUGUCUCCUAGAUGUGUUUGAUGGACACCUGUUGGGCUCCAACGACAGCCAGGUGAAAGAGAAGUCCACCAUGAAGGCCAUUCUAGCCAACCUGCUGCCAGGAAACAGUUACAACCCCAUCCCAUUCCCAUUGUGAGUACAGUAUGCCUUCACCUCUGAAUAAGCUUUUUGCCUGUAGUAUAAAUUGAUUAAUGAUCAGCCAUAUAAGAUGGCAUUUGAUAUAAAUGCCAAUGCUAUAUUGAGCCCUGUUCAUUUUCUUACUUUGUUGUAAUGUUUAGCUUGAAACCCAGUUUUUACGGGAAAAAUCACCAAUACCCUUGAGCAAAGCACUUAACCCCUAACCUGCUCCAGAGCACUGCGCUGCUCUGCCGCUGACCCUGUGCUGUUGUGUUGUUUUGUGGUGGGGCUGGGCACUGUGAAAGCCAAAAUAACAAAUGUCUGUUGUAUCCAGGGGUCAGAACCCAAAUUAUUUUCCAAUCGUUUCGUUCUGAACAGAACCAUCUUUUUUUGGGGUUCCGUUCCACAGUUCCAAUCAGCAAAAUAAAUUCUGAACCGGUUCGAACCCCAAAAAAGUCAUGGUUUAUAUCAUUCCUUUCUGUUCCUUUUUAAACCUCUGAAAUAUAUAUAUAUUUUUUUACAUCUAGCACAACAUUACAUUUCUUCACCAGUAGAUACAGCAGCUUGCUAUGGAGCGGGCAAGCUAUGUACAUGCAUUGGACAGACAAGUGGAGUGUAGGGUUCGACAUGCGGGUGAGGAGAGCACUGGGCAUGAAUCGCUGGGCAUCUUGUUGUUAUGACAUGCAUUAUCUGAAUUAGGCCCACAAAUUAUACCUACGGAGGAGCGGCUUCUAUGAGGAAACUUUGAAAGUCGUUGAACUUCAGAGAGUUAGUUUAACUGACGUUGGACCAGAGCUAGCCCUUGAUCACGACUCUCAGUUCCAUUCCAUUACCGCUUGCUGUAAAGUCAGGAGCUACAGUAGACUAUGCAUGCUUCAGAGGGAGAGGCAGGUAGCCUACACACACACUGGCAAAGAUGUUCAGCUGGCAGGCAGGCAGUCUCUGGAAUACAUUUCUGAGUGACAGUGAGGCCUAUGCAGAGGUGCUUUGUUGCGUUUUUUGUGGGACUAGAAAAAAAUGCCUGGAAUGUCAAAGAAUGCUAUUAACCUGUUCCCAAGCUUUUAAAAUAAAACAACAGUAUACAGUGAGGGACAAAAGUAUUUGAUCCCAUGCUAAUUUUGUACGUUUGCCCACUGACAAAGACAUGAUCAGUCUAUAAUUUUAAUGGUAGGUUUAUUUGAAAAGUGAGAGACAGAAUAACAACAAAAAAAUCCAGAAAAACACAUGUCAAAAAUGUUAUGAAUUGAUUUGCAUUUUAAUGAGGGAAAUAAGUAGUUGACCCCUUUGCAAAACAUGACUUAGUACUUGGUGGCAAAACCCUUGUUGGCAAUCACAGAGGUCAGACGUUUCUUGUAGUUGGCCACCAGGUUUGCACACAUCUCAGGAGGGAUUUUGUCCCACUCCUCUUUGCAGAUCUUCUCCAAGUCAUUAAGGUUUCGAGCCUGACGUUUGGCAACUCGAACCUUCCGCUCCCUCCACAGAUUUUCUAUGGGAUUAUGGUCUGGAGACUGGCUAGGCCACUCCAGGACCUUAAUGUACUUCUUCUUGAGCCACUCCUUUGUUGCCUUGGCCGUGUGUUUUGGGUCAUUGUCAUGCUGGAAUACCACCCAUCCACGACCCAUUUUCAAUGCCCUGGCUGAGGGAAGGAGGUUCUAACCCAAGAUUUGACGGUACAUGGCGCCGUCCAUCGUCCCUUUGAUGCGGUGAAGUUGUCCUGUCCCCUUAGCAGAAAAACACCCCCAAAGCAUAAUGUUUCCACCUCCAUGUUUGACGGUGGGGAUGGUGUUCUUGGGGUCAUAGGCAGCAUUCCUCCUCCUCCAAACACGGCGAGUUGAGUUGAUGCCAAAGAGCUCAAUUUUGGUCUCAUCUGACCACAACACUUUCACCCAGAUCUCCUCUGAAUCAUUCAGAUGUUCAUUGGCAAACUUCAGACGGGCCUGUAUAUGUGCUUUCUUGAGCAGGGGGACCUUGCGGGCGCUGCAGGAUUUCAGUCCUUCACGGCGUAGUGUGUUACCAAUUGUUUUCUUGGUGACUAUGGUCCCAGCUGCCUUGAGAUCAUUGACAAGAUCCUCCUGUGUAGUUCUGGGCUGAUUCCUCACCGUUCUCAUGAUCAUUGCAACUCCACGAGGUGAGAUCUUGCAUGGAGCCCCAGGCCGAGGGAGAUUGACAGUUAUUUUGUGUGUCUUCCAUUUGCGAAUACUCGCACCAACUGUUGUCACCUUCUCACCAAGCUGCUUGGCGAUGGUCUUGUAGCCUAUUUCAGCCUUGUGUAGGUCUACAAUCUUGUCCCUGACAUCCUGGGAGAGCUCGUUGGUCUUGGCCAUGGUGGAGAGUUUGGAAUCUGAUUGAUUGAUUGCUUCUGUGGACAGGUGUCUUUUAUACAGGUAACAAGCUAAGAUUAGGAGCACUCCCUUUAAGAGUGUGCUCCUAAUCUCAGCUCGUUACCUGUAUAAAAGACACCUGGGAGCCAGAAAUCUUUCUGAUUGAGAGGGGGUCAAAUACUUAUUUCCCUCAUUAAAAUGCAAAUCAAUUUAUAACAUUUGUGACAUGCGUUUUUCUGGAUUUUGUUGGUGUAAUUCUGUCUCUCACUGUUCAAAUAAACCUACCAUUAAAAUUAUAGACUGAUAAUUUCUUUGUCAGUGGGCAAACGUACAAAAUCAGCAGGGGAUCAAAUACUUUUUUCCCUCACUGUAUAUCACUUUCGUUCUCGGUUCUGUUCUUCGAAAAUUGUCUUUGUUUUCCUGUUUUCAGUUCUGUUCCCUAAAUCGGUUCCAACCCCUGGUUGUAUCCUCUGUAUAAUGGACAGAUAAAUAGUGUUGUAUUAUUUACUAUUGAGCCCUGUACGUUUUCUGACGUUGUUGUGAUCUUUGUUUGUUAGUGACCCAGACAAGCAUUACCUGAUGUAUGAGCAUGAAAGAGUGCCCAUAGCCGUGUGUGAGAGAGAACCCAGCUCCAUCAUCGCAUUCGCUCUCAGGUAACCGCUCCUCUCCAUUUCUUCUCCAUUCUCUGCACGUCUUACACUCACUGAUGUGUUAUGUUGUCUUGUUGUUGUUCUAAAGUUAUUAUCAUUAUAGUUAUGUUGUUCUAAUGUUAUUUUAAUGACCUCUGCCUAACCUCUAGCUGUAAGGAGUAUAAGACCGCUCUGGAUGAGCUGUCAAAGACAACGGUGAAGGCAGGAGGCGAGGAUACCACCCAAACCAUCAGGUACACACACACACUGCUGAUGAUGACUGUGUGUAUGUUACCUGAUGUAUAAUGCCUUGUCUCAUCCUGUCUGUGUGCAGCUCUGGAGAGAGCCGGGCCAAGAACAGCCCAGCCAAGCCCAAUGAGACAUCCUCCUCCCAGAUGGGUCUGGGCCGCAGCAGCAUGGACUCUGACCCUCUCAGUGAGUAGUGGAUACUCAGGGUCAACGGGCAAUAUGGGAGGGGGGUGCUAGAAAGUCUUGCAUUUUUACCUAAGUUCAGCUCUGUUCUAAUGUGCAAUAUGUUUCUGGCAUUCCUAGCAUCUUUUUCUUUUGCUUUGAACAGAAGAUGCAGACAUAGGAGACAAGCAUAAGAAGUCAGCAGGAAACCCUCAUAUCGAAUUACGUGAGUGUUUCUCAUUGGAUUUAUGUGCCUUUUGGGAUGGCGUUACCUGUGAAGUGCUUAGCCCGCAAACUUACUCUCAAUAACAAGCAUAGGGCCUAGUCAGUAACCUCUCGCUCUCUCUUCUCUCUGUCUCUCUCAGAGUUCUCUGACGCCAAUGCUAAGUUCUACUGCAGGAUUUACUAUGCAGAGGAGUUCCACAAGAUGAGAGAGGAGAUCAUGGCGAGUACGGAGGACGACUUUGUCCGCUCGCUCUCCCACUGCGUCAACUGGCAGGCCCGCGGCGGCAAGUCUGGGGCCGUCUUCUACGCCACAGAAGGUGACCGUCAACACCAGAGUCAUAUUGUUUUAUUUAACUUGUAUUUACCAGGAAGUCCUAUUUAGGGCAAGAUAACGCCUUUAAAUAUGUGCAGUCCAUGUCACCCGCCUGUAGUGCUAUUUAUUUGUCUGUAGUGGUUAUACCUAUUGCUCUCUGUCCCUCCCCCUCUCUCUCUUUCUCCCUCCCUCCCUCAGAUGACCGGUUCAUCCUGAAGCAGAUGCCCAGACUAGAGGUUCAGUCCUUUCUGGACUUUGCCCCUCAUUACUUCACCUACAUCACCGGAGCUGUGCAGCAGAAGGUAAACUACACUAACUACACUACCCAUAUAGUUACAUUGACUUAAAUAGAUAAAUAUGAACUAUUUUGGUGAUAAAAGUCGUAUCUACGUUUGCCUUGCUUAUAAAGUAAUCUAUUCGUCCAGAUAAUUAAUUUAAUUUGAGGAAAUUAGAUUUCUUAAAUGUUUUUCAAGGAGCUGUGUUAUUGUCUGUGAUGGAUGGUUAUUAGGGGUGUAACGAUUCGUUUUAACAACGAUUCGAUUUGUAUCACGAUUCGUGGUUGUCGAUACGAUUCAAGGACGAUAUUGGUUCAUUUAGAACGAUCCGAAACGAUUCAGUGACUUGAAAUCGAUUCAGUAACCUUUUAGCCAAAAAUUCAACCAGUGUGACUGAAAUAAAUACCUGGUAACCAGUUGCAUUUUAAUGGCUGGCAAUAGUCUUUAUAUUUUUAACAGUGUUUCAUGCCUCCAUGCAGACCAUCUGGUAUUAUGAAACUUACCCAGUUCCACAAAGGAGAUCCCAUUUUCUUCACAUAGCUUUAUUCAGUGCAGCAGUUUUUUUUGCUCUAGCAUCGCUCACACCAUCAGCGGGGAGUUAUGAGCCAAGUUGCAGUCUGCUGAAUUUUGGGGGCUGCUUUUUGAUGGAUCUGAUGUUUAGCUUUAUGGAAAGAGAAAAAUAUUAAACAGAGCUUGCCGCUGUUCUUCAUUCAGCUUGUCUCGCCAUCUGGCAAGUGGGCGACUGGACAUUUAUUCUCGGCUAGCUUUUAGCAAUGGCUUGCGCCACAUUCGUGUGCUCCUUGCUCUUUUCAUGUUUGUCAAAUAAAGGAUGGUUGAAAUUCUUUGAGCCUUUAUAAAAUGCACCUGUUUUGUCUGCUAGAUGUGGAUUUGAGCGGCAAAUCUUGCACCACAUUUCAGUGCGCUCAUCGUUAGCUUCAAGCCACUGCACAUCUUGGAGCCACUUUUCCGAAAAAAGUAUUUUCUUCGGCUCUGGCUCCAGUUGGCGUUUCUUUGUAGGUGGCGAAACGCCAAAGAAGCUGCUUAAUGUCUGUUGCUUUUUGGACAUCCCUGACAGUAGUUGACAAGCAACAUGUCAUGUGUAAGGCUAGAUGAGAAGAUCGGUCAAGUACGCAAAGGCGCGUAGUAACACAGGUGGCAUUACGCAUUCCUGAUUUUUGUCGCGCUUGCGUAUCUGCGUACCAGUUAUGUGCACCCCUGCAUAUAAAGUCUGACGUGCUUAAAUCCAAUGGGUUAUUUCCUAGUAUCGAUACAAUCGAUUUAUUACAUUUUAAAACGAUGUUAGAUCGAUAUAUGUUGUCCAAAAGGCCAACUCGCCGAGCACAGAUCGAUGUAGUUGGAUCAUAUGAAUAUAAAUCGAUACAUCGAUGUAGUAGAUGGAUCGUUACACCCCUAAUGGUUAUAGAUUACAACACAUUCCUAUCCUAAACCCCCUGUCUGUCCCACAGCGACCCACUGCCCUGGCUAAGAUCCUGGGUGUGUACCGGAUCGGCUACAAAAACUCCCAGAACAACUCAGAGAAGAAGCUGGAUCUGCUGGUCAUGGAGAACCUGUUCUAUGGCAGGAAGAUGGCCCAGGUGUUCGACCUCAAGGGUUCUCUGAGGAACCGCAACGUCAAGACCGACUCUGGGAAGGAGAGCUGUGAGGUGAGCAUGGCGCUAGGCUAGCAACACUGGGUCGUGGGUUCGAUUCCCACUGAGACCACACAUACAAAACAAAUGUAUGCACUGACUAUACUGUAAGUUGCUUUGUUUAUUUAUGCAUUUAUCUUUAUUUGACCAGGUAUGUCAAUGGGAACACGUUCUCUUUUGAAAUAACAACCUUUUGAUAAAAGCAUCAGCUAAAUGGCAUACAUUAUUCUAUAUUAGGUGGUUCUGCUGGAUGAGAACCUACUGAAGCUGGUCCAUGACAACCCUCUGUACAUCAGAGCCCAUUGCAAGGCCAUCCUGAGGGCGGCCAUACACAGUGAUGCCUACUUCCUGUCUAGUCACCUGAUCAUAGACUACUCUCUGUUAGUUGGACGAGACGACGCCACAGACCAGCUGGUGGUGGGAAUCAUAGGUGAGGGAAAAGCAUUAAUAUCCCUCUUUCAAACGUUCAAAUGUAAUUUAAUUGGCUGUAUUUAUAAAACAAACAUUCCUCCCAUUGUAUCAGAUUACAUUCGGACAUUCACAUGGGACAAGAAGCUGGAGAUGGUGGUGAAAUCCACAGGGAUCCUGGGGGGGCAAGGUAAUUCAUCAUCUGUCUGUCUGACACUAACACCUCAUUCCCCCUACGUUAGUCCUUGAAGUCUAUUUUAAGAUUGCGCUCUUUCACGUUUAGCUUUGAGAUCUCUAGUAGUUUAAAUAUAUAUAUAUAUAUAUAAAGACCUUUUGAUUUCUUCCUGUAAAUGAAAAGCGCUAUACAAAUAAAAUGUGUCGGCAGGUAGCUUAGUGGGUAAGAGCGUUGUGCCAGUAACCGAAAGGUCGCUGGUUCUAAUCCCCGAGCCGACUAGGUGAAAAAUCUGUCGAUGUGCCCUUAAGCAAGGCACUUAACCCUAAUUGCUCCUGUAAGUCGCUCUGGAUAAGAGCGUCUGCUAAAUGACUAAAAUGUAAAUAAUGUGUUAUUAAUAUGGUGUAUUUUGUGUCGCGCUCACAGGUAAGAUGCCCACGGUGGUGUCCCCGGAGCUGUACCGAUCCCGUUUCUGUGAGGCCAUGGACAAAUACUUCCUCAUGGUGCCUGACCACUGGACAGGUCUGGGGGUCAACUGCUAACUGACACCAGGGAGCUAGCCUGAGUCCCAGAUCUGUUUGUGUCGUCUAGCCAAUUACUAUGUCAUUGUCACGGCACGUUUGGCAAGACAGCAUAAACGGAUCUGUGACUUAGCUGCUAGCUACAGAACACAUGGGCAUCAGUUACCAGGGUGGACAGGAGACCACAAUGCAGAAAAACCCUUAGCCCUAUAAGGAACCAUAAAAGCACACUGGAUGGAUUGAUGGAUGAAGACGGAAUAGAAUAGAAGAAGAGUAAUGAAAAAAGAUGGCUGUAAUGCAAAGGAAAGCAUGGCCAGUGUACAACGACUCAAUCAUUCCAUAAUAAUAGUAUCUACCACAGACAGAGCUGCAUAACCGUUAUAUCAGCCUGUAAACGAGUGACUCUUCAGUAUUAUUGGAAGUCAUGACUGGGCCCUAAUAACAGGCCAGAGUUUAUCCUGGCAUGGAAAGGAAAGAACUCCCGUCCCUAUCAUGACAUUAUUUCCCUGAGGGGAUUAAUGACCUUGAAGUACCAAGAUGUCCAACUGUUUCACGAGGACACAGUGAGAUAGCACUGAAAAACAAAUCUUACUUGGUGGUCCUAGUUUGGUGAACAAAUUAAUCGAUGUGAUGUAAAAGUUUGUAAAUGUACAGAGAUUAUGUAAUUAAAGAUUAUUAACACUGAUUUCACAAUGUUUUAAACCUGUGUCAAUGAGAUGUUUUGUUUGUCCUCCCAUCUUGUAAAACUACAUAGAUGAGGAUAGAAAGUUAUUGUUAAUCAAAUCAAAUUUUACUUAUCACAUGUCCAGAAUAGACUGUAGUCUACCGGUAUGUUGACUCCUUACACACUUAAAUACAAGCUAGUUUAUGUAGAGGUGUUUGAGGGUUCCAAGACUGAAAUGGAGGAUCCAUUCUCAGGUAAGCAUUAGAUACCCAAAACAUAAGUAAUGUUUGUUUGUCAACUUGGUAUCAAAUAGGAAAGUACAGACACACAGCACUAAAUUAAAACAGAUUUUUAUAUUAUAAUUGUACAAUUCAUUCAUUAAAAAAACCAAAGGGUAGCUAACAAACAGCCUUCCGCAUUUCAUACUGCAUCAGGAACUGGUAUGAAAAUCAAUCCAAUACGAUUGUCACAACUGACUAGUGGUGUGAUGCUCCCUCUGGCAUAAUAAUACUGACCCAUGGCUGCAUCCCAAAUGGCUACAUUCCCUAUUGUGCACUACAUAGGGUUCUGGUCAAAAGUAGUGCACUAUGUAGGGAAUAGUGGGCCAUUUGGGACACACACCCAAUCUCUUCCUUACUUUCAUUCUCAACGACAAGCCUUGAGGCAUUAAACUAACACUGUGCUUUUUAAAAGGUGUGUGCUCGGGUUCUCUUUCUCUGUGGUAGAGAUAGUUAUUACAGACAAGGCUGUGCUUUACAAUGACAUACAGUUUGUACAAAAGCAGAACUUCAUUUUGUUAGACAUCUUGUUGCAGACAAACCCCCCGAGUUAACCAACUCUAAUCUCAAACUUUUCCAUUCAAAGUCACAUACACCCAUAAUACACAAUUUAGGGCUCUAUUCAAUCUGUAAAGUUGAAGCGUGACAGAUUCCGCUAUAGAAAUGUUAAGGUAAUUUCAGAUUGAGCCGAUAUAUGCAGUGUUUACCGUGAAUUUAGUCUCCACUAAAGCAGGAACAUUGCCUUUAAAUGUAAAGCUAAACUUCCACGAUACGGAUUGAAUAGAGACCACAUGCACCAGGAAAAUGUGCAUACUCUUUCAGAAGAGUACGCUUUUUUGGAAAAUUGAAACAAAAAAUGAAUACAAAGGUUUAACAAGGCACUGGACAAGUUUGAUAGACUGGCACAUUGUUGUUGGUAGACAACAGACUAGAUGGGAAAGGGGGAUGGAGAGAGGAGGGGAAGAGAAGAGUGGUCAAGGUCCUGCUCUCCUUUACAUUU